ACGAUGGUUCCAUGCUAUCCAUCUGACUAAACCUAUAUGACCGCCGUUUCGCUGCGCGGUGGUCAUAAUAAAUAUACUGUAUCUAGGAUGAGUGGGUCAUUUGAAUGUUCAGUAUGUGUGUGAGGGUUAACUAAUAGAUAUAUUCUGAAAAACAUGUCCAUCUCUACCAUCACACAAAUUUCUAUUCCAAACCAGGCGGCAGUGAGCUCCAGUUCAGAGAGGGGGCACUUUCCCGAACUGCUGGCCAAUCAGAGAUGUAACUGAAGCCCCCGUAUGACCCCCAAAGCUGAUACGGUAUGGUUUUGAACUACCAUACUAAAUUAAAUAGCACUACAGUUACGGUGGUCAAAUUGGUUUCUGACUUCUUUUACAUAGGAUCCUUAGUAGCAUUUCUGUCCCAGUGAACUCCUUAUAUAACCCUUAACUGAAUUGCCAUAGACUUGCUGUUCAACCCUGUCUACAUCUGUAUACCACAAGUACAUCUGACACCUGUCGAAGAAAGUGUAAUGUACAUGUUAUGUUAGUUACACCUUUCAAAUGCUCUUCUCAAAGACAGACGUUGUGGUGAUUCAGUUCCUUUUUAGCAUUCUCAUUUUCCAUUAACAGUCUGAGUGAUGGAGGAAAAUAGCCCCACUUCCUCAAACACCUCAACUUAAACUUGCACUUAGAAUGAAUAGGCUGUGUUAUAUGCAACCAUCACAUGUCACAGAGAUGCUUCGUGUCACUCUGGCUCUCCUGUCUUUUGCUACAGCUCUGCUGCCUACUUUGGAAUCUGAAGAACAGAUGAUGAAGAUCAGGGAAGGCGAGAGCUUCACUUUUCACACAUCUGCACACAAGAAGGUUCAGUUAGAUGACCAGGUUCUUUGGUCAUAUGGUCAUCUGAAUCCAAGCACUCUGAUAGCCCAGAUUUACCAGAUGGACAUAAAUACAGAGCUCAGUGAGAGAUUCAGGGACAGACUGCAGCUGGACAAAGAAAGAGGAUGUUUGACCAUCAGGAAUGCCACAGCCAAAGACUCAGGAAUCUAUCGCGUUGAUGUAACAGCUCCAGUCUCCAAGCCUGUCUUGAGCACCAUACCAGGGAAUCAAUCAAUCAUCAGGCCAUCGGCUGUUUUAGUGGAGUGCUUUGUGGAGAAUGGGAGAGAGGUCACCCUGUCCUGGUACAGAGGGAAUGAGCUGCUGAACAAGACCAGCAGUCCAGACAUCAACAUCACUCUCAUGCUCCCCCUGGUGGUUGAAGAGCAGGACACCACUGUCUACACCUGUGUGGCUGCUAAUCCAGUCAACAACCAAACAGUCCUACUAGGUGGAAAGUGUUCUCAGUGCUGCGACGCCAUUGUGGUGCGCCUGGUGCUAUCUGCCCUGGUAACUGUGGUCAUGGCUGCCCUGCUGGUGGAGCACUUCAGAGGCAGUGAAUCAGAUGGAAUAGUCUAUUUGACAUAAUAAUUCAAAGAUGCUAAAUAAGAAUUCAAAUAUUUGCUAAAUAAAUCAAUAAGUACACUGGCAUUGAUGUCUCCUGACAGGAAAUAAAAACAUCCAAUCAGUGCUCUCUGAUUACUGGAACUGCUACAUAAGAGUUUUCAGAUAGUCUCUAGACAUGCUGUGAACUUAUUUCUGCCUUUUAAAAUCAAUCAUAAUCAACCUACAGGGCUGUACUAAGACCAUUACUACUGAAAUGUUUAUAGCAGGGUGC